AAGUAUUCGUCAAAGCUUCAUCAAAUAUGAACAGUCAAUUCAGAUAUAUUUGUUGUAAUGCAAAUCUGAAUUAGUAACGUUCCAUGAGCUACACAGUAUACACCAUUUUCUACUGCGGUAUGUGAUUGUGAAUAACAGUGAUAAUAAUUUGAGUCUUUCAAGAUGUUCCUAGAAAGAAACAAAGUGAACUUCUUGAUUUUAAUUUAUUGUAGUCUCGCCAGUGCUUUACAGAAGAGAAGUAUAGACUUAAUCCAAGCCCAUGGCUUGAUAUCAGAUUCCAGACUGCCCUUGGAUAUAACUCCCACCAGUUACGAUCUGGAAUUUGAAACAACGCCAGAUAACGAUAUUUUCGUAGGGAAAGUUAAAAUUGUAGCUACUUGGGUAGAAGAUACGGAGGAAAUACAGCUACAUGGAGAUGCAUUGUUUCAAAUAAUAGAAACCAAGGUCACACAAAUCGGGAGCGAUGAUGCAAAGGAAAACUCAUCGUCAAGCCCCUUUCAACCAAUAAAAAUCGGGGUUGAAAAAGCAGUCGUCAGACGAGGAAGCCCCGACCUAACAAUAUUCUUAGAAAAGCCUAUAAAACAAGGGAGUCAUUGCGAGAUAGAGAUUAGCUAUGCCAGGAAGCUUCCAAAUGCUACUUCGGGUCCAAUAUUCCACAGCACUUACCUAGACUCUGCUACGAAGGAAACAAAAUGGUUCAUAUCUACCUACCUUAGGCCGAAUCAGGCCAGAAACAUCUUUCCUUGCUUCGACGAGCCUGGCUUCAAAGCUCCCUUCACCAUUCAUGUUGCUCGAAAAAAAGAUAUGACUUCCAUCUCUAACAUGCCCUUGAAGAGGACUGAAGAUAUAAAAGAACGACCUGGUUGGGUUUGGGAUCAUUUCGAGCAGACCCCUCCAAUGUCAACAUUCUCGGCUGCCAUAGUAGUUUCAAGUUUUGCAUCUGUAUCAUCCAAUAAAUCGAAAGAUCGAGAUAUAAGGGUUUGGGCCAGACCUGACUUCAUGCCAUCUUUAUUGAAUGUUACAGAGAAGGUUGAAAAAAUUAUUGAUGUUCUAGAAGAUUUUUGGAAAGUUAAAUUCCCUCUACCAAAACUUGACAUUGUGGCUCUUCCAAAUUUCCAAGCAAAUCGUCCUGCAGAUAGUUGGGGUUUACUCUCAUACAAAGAAAGUGAAUUAACAAGCAAAGGAUCCUGGAAUCUAGCGCAUGAGAUCAGCUAUCAAUGGCUAGGUAAUCUAGCUACCCCUUACUGGUGGAGUGAUGCUCAUAUCAAUACAGCAUUGGUUCGAUUCCUAACAGCAUAUACCGUUCUUAAGAUCGAUGAUAUUGAUUCUAUCAAUAAUUGGCCUAUGACAAUGCUCUACUCGAUUUAUUACGAAUUCAGCAAAAGAUAUCCCCAUGGAAAGAGCACAGUUAUCAAGCAAGAUUCCACUGCAGCUAAAAUUGAGCUGGUAUUCAGAAUGUUGAAUUACACCAUUGGAGAACAAACCUUCAAAGAAGGAUUGCAGAAGUUCAUGAAGGAUAGACAAUAUAAAAACUUCUUCGGGGAUGACAUAUGGAAUUCACUGACAGAGCAAGCCAGACUUUGCAAGAAACUUGAUGAUGAUGUCUCAGUGAAUGACAUUGCUGCAUCUUGGAUAACCAAAGAUAGAUUACCGGUAAUUGAUAUUGCCAGAAAUUAUGAUUCUAAGACAGCUGUUCUGAGACAGAAAGUUUUUCUUAGAGAAAGGCCACAUGAUUUACCAGACCAAGAUAAGUUCGUUUGGUGGAUACCCAUAGUUCUCUUGACGCAAAACAAGCUGAAUUUCUCAGAUUCCAAACCAAAGCUUUGGAUGAAAAUGGAGAGGGAAGUUAAAAUAGACAAUAUAGCAAAUCAUGAUGAGUUCAUCAUCGUUAAUCCAGAAGAAAUUGGUCCUUUCCCGGUCAACUAUGAUGAGAGAAACUGGAAUUUGUUAGCUAGGUUCUUACAAACUGACAGCAGAACAAAAAUUCCUGUAAAUACAAGGGCAAAACUUAUUCAUGACGCGUGGAACUUGGCAUAUGCUGGAGAUCUCAGUUUUGCAACUGCUCUCAAUAUGACGUUGUUCCUGAAGAAUGAAAGAGAAAAUUUGGCUUGGGAUCCUGUGUUUACUUUCAUUGACCACAUUGGAAGACAUAUCGAAAGUCCAGCUAUUCAAGAGAAAUUCCAGGCAUACAUAAGAUCUCUUCUAACUCCGCUAUACAAAUACCUCGGUAAUGAACCAACUGAAGAUGAGAAUGAGACAAAAGCACACCUACGAUCCUCAUGCAAAGUUUUCCUGUGUGGUGCUGGUUAUAAGCCGUGUAUAGAAGAAGCACAAGCAGCAUACAAGAAAUGGAUGGAAAUGGAAAAUCCUGAUGAAGGCAACCCGAUAGCUAAUCAAUAUCUCUGUCCAGUAUUCAAAUGGGGUACUUGGGAUGAAUGGUACUUUGGUUUCCAACGUGUAUUGAAGUUCCCAGCUGAAAGAAAACAAAGUGAAAGAACUUACCUAUUAAAAACUUUAGCUGGAUGUCCAAACGAUCCAGCCACCAUUGAGAAGUUCCUCAACUUCACAGUUUUAGCUCAAGAUGAACACUUCAAAGACACUGAUUUAUAUCUCAUAUACAAUAUGUUGACUGGUAAUCCGAAAGGGUAUACAACUCUUUUCGAAUUCUUGAGGGACAAUUUCGACAAGAUCAAGAAAAGAUUUGAAGCCAAACCACACUUAUGGAAUAGUCUAGUGACUUCAGCAACAACAGUCUUCAAGACUCAAGAAGGCAUGGAUAAAAUAUCUAAGUUAUACGAAGAAAGAAAAAAUGAUUUUGGAACUGCUGACUUUGUGAUAGAAAAAGCUCUCAAAAAUAUAAAGGAAGAAGUUGAGUGGAGUAAUGACAACUUGCCAGUUAUAGAAAACUGGUUAGAUAAUUAUUUGAAGGAAAAUAACCAAGAAGCCUCCGAAUAAUCAUCGUUCAGUGAUCAUAGUAAUCUCAUGAGCAAAUGAGAUCAUUUGGGAUAGAAUUGAAUUCUGCAAUAUGAUUAAGUAUCUCAAGAGAGCAUGUAAAUAGUAAAUAAAUUACAUGGAAAAUAA